AACACAGCCUGAGGUCGCAACCGAUGGACAGCAGCUUUUUAAUCAUCCAUGGUGUGAGAGAUCCUGCAAUUCUUUGUUCAGCUUCUUUCAGAGAGACUUUUUGAUUUUAAAAUGAGCAUCCCGGUGGUGGACUUUAGCGCGUACAGCCUGAGCAAGGAAGAUGUUACAGACGAGCAGAUGCGCAACUUGAUCAAAGAGUUGAAAACAGCUUUCACAGAAGUUGGUUUUGUUUUUCUGGAGAACACGGGGAUCACCCAGGAGGAGGUGGAUCGUGUUAUGGACAUAUCCAAGAGGUUCUUCCUGCAGCCAGAUGAAGUGAAACAACCGUUCACCAGGAAAAGCUUUGCCAACAAUCCUAACCACGGCUGGGUGUCUCUGGAGACUGAGAGGUUGAAUCCACGUCGACCUGGAGACCUAAAGGAGGCAUUCAACACUGCUUCACUUCACCCUGACAUAAAAUGGCCCUCUGGUGCUCUAACAGGGUUCCAGGAGAUCCAGACGUCUUUCUUCCUGCGCUGUAAAGAGCUGAGCCUGCGGGUGCUGAGGGUGGUGGCCCACAGUCUGGGUCUGGACCCCGAGGUCUUCCUGGGUGCACAUCGUUUAAUUGGAACUGAUCAGAACGGCACAACACUGCGGUCUCUGUACUACCCACCAGUUAACAGUGAGAAAGUGAAGGAGGGUCAGCUGCGAUGUGGAGAGCAUUCAGACUAUGGCAGCAUCACCCUGUUGUUUCAGAGCUCUGAAGGUUUGCAGGUGCGUAGACGUUCAGGUGAAUUCAUCUGUGCUCCCAGCAUCCCCGGAGCAGUCCUCAUCAAUGUCGCUGACCUGCUGCAGCGAUGGACCAGCGAUCAGCUUGUCUCUGUGCUCCACAGAGUCUUAUUGCCCCCUGCUGGAGACUCUCGCACACGUCAGUCUAUGGCUUUCUUUGUCCAGCCGGAUGACGAGGCUCUCAUCACCUGCUGCGAUGGCUCCAACAAAUACCCUCCAGUGACAGCGGGCACCUACCUCACUGAGCGCUUCAAUGACUCAUAUGGAAAAAACUAAAUUUUCGACCCAUCAGUUCAUUCAUACACAACUGUUGAUUAUAAGUGUGUUGUCGUUUUGUCAACAGACGACUGCUGUCCUGCUGAGCUUUUAAGACAUGCCUGGAAAGUCUUAUUUUCGUCAAAAUGAUGAAUAUGUCACUUUGGAUCCAUAAUGUUUUUACAUUUUUUAAAUUGUGUUCUGAAUAUGAUUGUGUUUAUUAGAUAAUCAGUGAGUCAAUGUGUAUGUUUUAUUUGUUCAAGUUAUUUUUAUUAGUGUGUAUGAUUUUUUUAAAAAGGAGAGACACAAACCUCAAA